AUGAAAGGCAGCAGCCAUGAAUGAGUCACUAGACGAUUUAGCAAAUGCUUCUGAUUUCCCCGAUUAUGUAGCUGCUUCUGGAAAUUGCACUGAUGAAAAAAUCCCAUUCAAGAUGCGCUACCUCCCUGUCAUUUACAGCAUCAUCUUCCUGGUGGGGUUUCCAGGGAAUGCAGUGGCAAUUUCCACCUAUAUUUUCAAAAUGAGGCCUUGGAAAAGCAGCACCGUCAUUAUGAUGAACCUGGCCUGUACGGACCUGCUGUAUCUCACCAGCCUUCCCUUCCUGAUUCACUACUACGCCACUGGCGAAAACUGGAUCUUUGGGGAUUUCAUGUGCAAGUUUAUCCGCUUUAGCUUCCAUUUCAACUUGUACAGCAGCAUCUUCUUCCUCACGUGUUUCAGCAUCUUCCGAUACUUCGUGAUUAUCCACCCCAUGAAUUGCUUUUCCAUUCACAGAACUAGGUGGGCAGUGGUUGCUUGUUCUGUCGUGUGGGUCAUUUCGCUGGUGGCUGUCAUUCCCAUGACCUUUCUGAUCACAUCAACCACAAGGACCAAUCGAUCCGCCUGUCUGGACCUCACUAGUUCUGAUGACCUCACAGCCAUCAAAUGGUACAAUCUCAUUUUAACUGCCACUGCUUUCUGCCUCCCUUUGGUGAUUGUGACACUUUGCUAUACAAUGAUUAUCUACACCCUAACCCAAGGACCACAGACUCAUAGCUACCUUAAGCAGAAAGCCCGGAGACUAACCAUUCUGCUACUCCUUGUGUUUUAUGUCUGUUUUUUACCCUUUCAUACCUUGAGGAUGAUCCGGAUUGAAUCUCGUCUACUUCCUAUCAGCUGCUCCACUGAGAAUCAGAUCCAUGAAGCCUACAUCGUUUCUAGGCCAUUAGCUGCCUUGAAUACAUUUGGAAACCUGUUACUGUAUGUGGUGGUCGGAGACAACUUUCAACAAGCCAUCUGUUCAGUAGUGAGAUUCAGAACAAGUGGGGACCUUGAGCAAGCAAUGAAAAUCAGUUACUCAAAUAACCCUUGAAAUCGCCCAUUGAUUCAA